AUGACAGCCAACACCGCCGCUACGGCGCCCACGCAUUUCUCGAAACUGCUUCGUCAGGCGCGCAUCUCGAGCUUCGACCCUGCGAUCCCUCAAGUCUACACCGCACCACCGGCCUAUGCGGCUCGAGGAGAAUGGGGCAUGAAGCGUCCGCUUCCCUCUUCUUCGGCAUCGAUCUUUGGCUCGUCGUCCGGCUCGGCUGCCUAUCCCGGUGCACUGCGUUACAUCGACGUGUCGCAGCUCGAUUCCGCCGAAGGCCAGACCACGUGGAAGGAACGUGAAAAGGAAACGCUGUUUGUCAAACGUUGGGCCGAAGCCGACACGAAACUGCACGUCGUCAAGCCCGAAUCGGGCGGUCACACAUACACCGAGCCUGGAGCAUACGGCCCUCUACCCGCCACGACGUUUCUCAAGUCCACCGAGCGAUAUUUCCCCUCAGACAUCCCGGGACCGAUUGAACUCACUCCCGAGCAAGAAGCGCGUGAAGACGCAAAGGACCGCCAAGCGAGGCUGUACAACAACCAAUGGAGAAGCAUCAUGAAGCAUCACGCUGCACGUGGAGCUGCCGACCCGGCGUACAAAGGCCUGGACUACAUGGGUGAACAGUCGGGCUCUCGAGCAUUUGGUUUCGACGCGCAAAAGUUUACAACGCGUGCACGAAUGAUGACCAACUACAACGCAUUGUCGGACAAGCAUUUCGAAAAGUUUGUUGACAAGAUCCGAAGCGAGCGAGGAACAUGGAAAAAGUUUUUCAGCAACAAGGAAAAGGCUCGAUUGCUCGGUUUGAUCCGUAAGCGACAAGAGAGGGAGUAUGCGGCUGCGGUCAAGGCGCAGGAAGACGCCGAGAGACGAGGAGCCAGUAAAGAACCUCUGCCUGAGGUGAAUCCGGAAGCAGAGCUGGACAAAAUGUCAUUGGCAGAGAUCGACAUGCUAGAACAGUCGCGCGACGUCGAUGCUACACGCGAUGCUUUCCGGGUGUUGCAAGACAAGACGUUGCGCGAAUCGAGCAAGGCGCAGUCGUCAGCUCUGCCCGGUCGAUCGCAGCCCAACACGAUGCAUCCACACGCUGGCCUGCAGUACUCACAACCCGAUGCCAUCUACGCCAGCAUGCUUGCCGAGCCGGUGCAGGGUAGGGUCGUGCACGAAGUGUCAUCCAAGAGCGACCGCGAUCUGCGACGCUACGCCAAGAUCGCCGAUGGUCGAUCCGUGUUGAUCGGAGGCCACGUGAGUUACUUGCACGCCCCGCUGCGCAGCCAAGCGCCGGCAACGAUCGAUUGGAGUCGACAGGAGCCGCAACGAGGUACGGCGCUCUUCCGGAUCGUCGACGCCUACCGUACCUCGAGCCUGAACUUGGCCAGCGGCAUGCACAGGGACAUGCUCGCGCCUCGAAACGACGUCGGCUACCUCCGAUCCAACCUGGAACUGGUCAAGCAGGAUGCGCAGGGUAAGCCCGUUAACCAAGUUGCUCCGAUUGGAAGCGCUCAGUACGUCGGUCAGACGGUGCACGAUCCCACCAAACCAGUGCGACGUGCUUUGGGCAGCAUCGGCGCUGCAGAUGCAAAGAGGUUGUCCUUACUCAACGCCUUACACUCCUCUGGUCGAAAGUCGGACGUUCAGAAACAGCGUCGUCUCGGUCGUCAAUCGGCGUCCCCAACCCACACCCACGUCCAGUCCAACGCUUCCUCGCCCGCGUCCCCUACCAAAUCGACCACCGCCAUGCUCAAUAACCUCGACUCGCUCGUUAACGCUUCCCAGAAGAGCAACAAUUAA